AUGAAUGUCCAUUCUUGCAUGUUUGGAAAAUCUUUCGACGUAAACUUUCUUUCGACAUGGGUGGGACACCAUAGAAAUGUUAUAACUUUCAAAUAUUUGGCAGCUUGUAAGGCGAGCGAUAAAAGACACAGGAUCAAGGACAGGGGUCUCUCUGGUGUUUACAAUCACACCCUUGCUAAAAUAUUAGCACAAUAUGCUUCUGCAGCAUACCUUGAAGAAACGACAGAACUAUUUAGUUGGACAUGUUCACGAUGUAAUGGCUUGACCAUGGGAUUUGAGAUUGUUGAGCUGAUUAUUGAUGUUGAGCACUGCCUGCAGGCAUAUGUUGGGUUUGCAAACAACUUGAAUUCUUUUGUUAUUGCAUUCAGAGGAACUCAAGGGAACAGCAUACAGAAUUGGGUUGCAGAUUUAUACUAUAAAAGGCUGGAUUUACAUUACCCUGACAUGCCUGGUGCCAUGGUGCAUCGUGGAUUUUAUUCUUCUUAUCACAAUACAACAAUGCAACCUGCAGUCUUAAAUGCUAUUAAAAGGGCGAAGAAGGUUUAUGGAAACGUUAGUAUUAUAGUAACUGGUCAUUCAUUGGGAGGAGCAUUGGCUUCAUUUUGUGCAAUGGAUCUCAAGAUUAGAGGUGAAGCUAAGAACAUUCAAGCUAUCACAUUUGGAUUACCUCGAAUUGGAAAUGCCAAGUUUGCAUCUUACUACGGUCGACUUAUUCCUCAAACGAUAAGGGUAGCCAAUGGCCAUGAUAUUGUACCUCAUCUUCCUCCACACUAUCGUUUUCUUCCUCGUAAAGCAUAUCAUCAUUUCCCAAGAGAGAUAUGGAUUCAUAGCGUUCAUAAUGGCUGCUUAGUACACACAAAAGAGGAAGUCUGCGAUGGAUCUGGUGAAGACCCUCGUUGCAGUAGAUCUGUGAUGGGGUACAGUAUAGCGGACCAUUUGACGUAUUAUGGACAAGAAAUGGCUUAUUAUGAUUCAGGCAAAUGUUACAUUGUGGUUGAUCCUCAUUUCGCACAAUUUGCCAAUCAAGAUAGCCGCGGAAAUCUAGUCUUAUCUCGAAGACUCCCUUCUUCUCCUAUACAUCCUUAGCAUUUAUUAUAAGUAAUUUAGUGCUCUAAUCAUCAUGUAGCUGUUGGACCUAAUAAUUAUUUUUUCACGUUUAUACUAUAAAAUGAAAGUAUUUAAAACUGGAGUGUCGAAAUUCUAAUCAUAACAAAGUUUUAUGGCAAAAUUAUAAUGUUUUCUUUUGGUGGU